UGCCCUCUGGAGCUUAACCUUUAGGUAUGACUGAUAGCAUUGUGAAUUCCAAAAGAGAUGAGAGAAGGGAGAUGAGGGCAAGGAGAAAGGGGCACUGCUUAGAGACAAGGCCAUUUGCUGAGGAAACACACUGAUGUGUCUUCUUUCAUCCCUGAGAGCAUACACACUGACUUUGUGAAGUGUGAAGUAUGAAUUAUCUGGACCACUGAGCAGAUAGCAGCAGAGCAAAGAUGAAGGAGAUGAGGAUGAAGGAAGAGGAGGACGGCUGGGAAGCAGAAAACUGGCAGAAGAACAGAGCUACUAGGCAUAUGGGAAGAGGGAUCCACCGGGUACGUGCAGAAGCCCAAAGGCUCUGCAGAAGAAAUGGCAUCAACUGGAUGGCGGGCAAUACCUGCUGCCCACGGCGACUGUCCCUCAGCCUCUGGGAUCCUCAGAGGGAUCAAUUCGUGCCUGUCCAGCUCCUUCCUCAAGAGAGGCGUCAGUGCCCGGGUUCUCCGGCCCUGCGGCCUGUGGCUCGGCCCUGGACCCUGCCCGGCACCACGGUCCGUCUCUGUGAGCAGGCGGGGAGGAGGAGGGCUGGUUCCCGGCUGGACGGGCUGUUCCUGCGGCGAUUCCUGCGGCUCCUGGCCGUGCUCUUUCCUGGAUGGCCCUCCCCGAGCGCCCUCAUGUUCUUGACGCUGCUCGGUGUCUCCUUACUGGAGCAGCUGGUUAUUUACCAGGUCGGCGUCAUCCCCAGCCAGUACUAUGAGGUCCUAGGGAAGAAGGACUUCUCCGGAUUCAAAACAUUGACUGUCGUUGCUGUGACUCUGAUUAUUGUGAACUCCACGCUAAAAAGUUUCGACCAGUUUAUCUGCAACAUGAUGUAUGUGAACUGGAGGAAGUCCCUCACUGAAUACCUCCACAGCUGCUACUUCCAAGGCCAGGUCUACUACAACCUGCUCGUGCUGCGUGAGGACAUCGAUAACCCGGACCAGCGCAUCAGCCAGGAUGUGGAGAGGUUCUGCAGGCAGCUCAGCUCCAUGGCCAGCAAGCUUGUCAUCUCACCCUUCACACUGGCCUACUACACAUACCAGUGCUUUCACAGCACAGGCUGGCUAGGCCCAGUAAGCAUCUUUGGAUAUUUCGUCAUUGGGACGAUGGUUAACAAAGUGUUGAUGAGCCCAAUUGUGUCUAAACUUGUGAAGCAGGAAAAACUGGAGGGAGAUUUCAGGUUCAAGCACAUGCAGAUCCGUGUCAAUGCAGAACCAGCUGCUUUCUACAGGGCUGGACGAGUGGAGCACAUGCGCACAAACCAGAGGCUGCAGAGCCUGCUGAAGACCCAGAGAGAGCUGAUAGGCAAGGAGCUGUGGCUAUACAUUGGGAUCAACACCUUUGAUUAUCUGGGCAGCAUCCUGAGCUACGUGGUCAUUGCCAUUCCCAUCUUUUCUGGGGUCUACGGCGACCUGAGUCCAACAGAGCUCAGUUCCCUUGUCAGCAAGAAUGCCUUUGUUUCCAUCUACCUCAUUGGCUGCUUCAGCCAGCUUAUAGAUCUUUCCAGCACUCUGACUGAUGUAGCUGGCUACACACACAGGAUUGGCGAAUUGCAGGAGACCUUGCUGAGCCUUGGCAGAAAAAAAAAUGGUAACUACUCUGAAGCCAAAACCAGUUGGGAUUUGGACGGCAACCAUUCUGGCGAGGACCCAGUACCAAGGGACACAGCUUUCCUUCUGGAGCAAGUGACACUCUCAGUACCAUCCUCUGGCAAGCUGCUCAUCAAGGACUUGAGCCUCAGGAUCUCACAAGGAAACAGUGUGAUGAUUGUGGGAAACACUGGUACAGGGAAGACAUCUCUCCUUAGGGUCCUCGGAGGACUCUGGGAAAGCACACGAGGGAGCAUCAGGAUGCUGACCUGCUUUGGUCCCCGAGGAGUGGUGUUCCUACCGCAGAGGCCUUUCUUCACUGAUGGAAGCCUGCGUGAGCAGGUGAUCUAUCCCCUGAAGGAGAUCUAUCCACUUUCAGGGUCUGCAGAUGAUGAGAGGAUUGUGCGAUUCCUGGAGCUGGCUGGGCUGACUGAUUUGCUGGCAAGGGCUGGAGGACUGGAUGAACAGGUGGACUGGAACUGGUAUGACAUCCUGUCCCCAGGGGAGAUGCAAAGACUCUCAUUUGCACGGCUCUUCUACCUCCAGCCAAAAUAUGCAGUGUUAGAUGAAGCCACCAGUGCCUUGACAGAAGAGGUGGAGCAUGAACUGUACCGUAUGUGCCUUCAGCUGGGCAUGACACUGAUCAGUGUGGGACACAGACCCAGCCUGGAAAAGUUCCACAGCUGGAUUUUGAAACUUCACGGGGAGGGAAGAUGGGAGCUCACUCGAUGUGAGAAGAUGAAGCGGCUCACUUCUGAGGAAGGACACUGAAGAACAUGCCCUUGUCUAGCCAGCCACAGAACAUGCACCUGUGUGGAAGAGCUCUCAAUAGCAGACAUGGAGCUGCCAAGUCAGAAGCUGUGUCAAACAGUGGAAGACCAGUUCUGGAUUUUGCUGAUGGACACACAGUAUGUCUGAACUCAUGGAGUUUUGCCAAGAGUAGACAUAACUAUGCCACCCUUCUUCCAGCCUCCUUCUGCCUCCCUGGCUCUCAUGAGAGAAAGGAGCUGAGCUGUUUGGCCACCCUGAGAGAAGAUGCUGCCUCAUGGGUCUUGUAGAAACAAUAGCCAGAGAAACCUCCACUUUGUCUUGGAUACAUUGGUGUGAGGCUAGAAUGCAGCCUCCUUUUCUGCCCUCUGUGCCUUGCUAGGAGCUCUGUCUUUGAUACACAGCUCUGCAGUACAGAUUUAUGUACCUUGUGGCUCUGUUGAGAAUUGUGUUUUCCAGCAGGAGACAAGGGGAGGAGAAUGCUAGCACAGAGAAGGGGCAUGUCUCUGCUCUCUCCAUAACACAUGGCUACAGGUGAAAGGAACAUUUUUGUAUUAAAAUCUGGGGCCUGUUUUCAAACUGGUUUUAUGGAGAAGAGUGAAUAUUUAUUUGUUAAACAGA